AUGUUCGCCUUUUCAAAGGCUCCGGCUGGUUGUUCGACUUAUGAAAGAGUGACACAGAAGUUUCAAGACGGAUCCAACAAACUGAGAGCAGCGAUAGAAAUGGAUGAGCUCACGAAACAGAAUGGCACUAUAAACGAGAAGCUACAGACUGCAGAGCUGUAUAAGCAAGCACGACAGAUGUUAAAAGAAGCAAACGAGUUCAAUAUCAUGGAUAUUCCAGAAUCAAAACGCAGUGAAGUGCGAGAGAAGAGAGAGAAAACGUUGAAUUUGGAGAAGAGUGCUCAGGACCGAUUAAUUAAAAUUUGCAACGAAGUUGAUCCAAAUAUGAAAAGGGCGUCGACUGCUGCUGACCCUUGUCGAGCGGCCAGAAUCACUCCUAGAAACACGAGAGCAACAGUCCCGGGUGAUAAAAAGGUGUCGAAAGUGAAGCAAACCGAGAAAGCUCCUCACGUGUGUUCGCGCGGAGAUCGUUGCGGAGCGCACCAGCCGCCGCCCGAGAAGAAAUCAACCCCAUUGAAGCCAGUGAAUCAAAUUCGAACUCGAGUUAAGGAGAAUAAGAACCCAAUUGGUGUGCAGCAGCAGGUGUUUAGUUUUAUUUUGAGUUGCUGCAUGAGAAGAAACUGUCGCCGUCCCCACUACCUGUUCCCAUGCAUGAUAUCACUGAAAAUGAACUAUUUCAAAUUUCAGGCUACACUUCCCAAUCAACUCAAUACCGUGAACCGAUCAAAUCUUCUGAAAGGAGUUGACAAAGCAAUCGGAGAACGUCUUCUCGAUGAAAUUCUGGAUAGCACUGGUGUUCGAAUGGAUGACGUUGCCGGUUGUCAUUCUGCGAAGGCUACUCUCGAAGAAGCGGUAAUUCUCCCUGCCCUCAACCCGAAUCUCUUCAGUGGUCUUCGUCAACCGGUCAAAGGAAUUCUUCUUUUCGGGCCACCAGGAAACGGAAAAACGUUGUUAGCUAAAGCAGUUGCAGGAGAAUCGAAACAAAUGUUCUUCAACAUCAGCGCAUCUUCCCUCACGUCUAAAUGGGUUGGAGACUCUGAGAAGACGAUUCGCGGGCUCUUCCAAAUCGCACGGAAUGGACAGCCUUCCAUCAUUUUCAUCGAUGAAAUUGACUCAAUCCUAUGUGAGAGAUCAGAGAAAGAUGCAGAAGUAUCACGUCGUAUGAAAACAGAAUUCCUCGUUCAAUUUGAUGGUGCCACUUCAUCACCAGAUGACCGAAUUCUGGUCAUCGGAGCCACAAAUCGUCCCUACGAGUUGGAUGAUGCAGUUUUAAGACGAUUUCCAAAAAGGAUCAUGUUAAAUCUCCCGGACACCGAAGCUAGGAAAGAAUUGAUCACAAACACUUUGAAGAAACACGAUAUGAUGGAUGGAUUAUCGUCCAGUGAUAUCAGAUAUAUCGCAUCCAACACCAGUGGAUUUUCCAACUCGGACUUGGUGGCUCUCUGUAAAGAAGCAGCCAUGGUUCCAGUACGCGAAAUACACAGAUCGAAACUUUCUGUGACGGAUGGAGAUAAAAUUAGAAAAAUUCGAGCAUCUGAUUUCGACACUGCUCUCCGCACGAUUCGUCCUUCUACUUCUGACAGAAUUCUAUCGAAACUCUCUGAUUUCUCUCGUAAUUUUGGUUGUUAA